ACGUCAAUGCGGUAGUGGAGCUCUACCUGUAGGUUAGAGGUCUGUGUACAGACCCGGUACAACCGAGUCAGAACGGACCGAGCGGGCCGCAGAGACUUCCGAGGGAGCGUUAGGUCGGUGAAACAAACAUGGGGAACGCCGAGAGCGGCUGCGGCGGAGGCAGCGGCGACGAGGAGGACGUAGAAACCGAGAGCCCGGGCUUUGCGGAAGAGAGUCCGGCCUCUGCGGCCACUGGCGGCGGCGCAGGCGGCGGCGGCGGCGGCGGAGGCUCCGGUUCAGCCAGAAGCGGAAGGGGAUCAAAUAACGUGCCCGUGUCCACCGGGGGACCACCCAACCCCGGGGUCCUGCUGGAGCAAGUGAAACUAAGAGAGGCGGCGGCUCGUAUUAGUGAAUCAGGGGUCGCUAUUCAGUCCGUCCUGGGCGGGAAUGAGGGUGUCCUGGUGCGGUGGCUGGAGGACCGACUGAACCGGGGAGAGGAGUCCGUCAAUGUGGAGCAAUUCUGCGAGAUGUUGGAGAGCAGAGAUGCCCCAAGAGAUGAGUGUGAAGAGGCCUUUGGACAGUUCGACGCGGAGGGGGAUGGGGUGGUGGACGUCGAGAGCAUGCUGAUAGCUCUGAAAAACUCCAACGGAGCUAAUCUAAAAGGAGAGCUGAGUCAUGUGAUAAGACAGCUACAGGCGUGCUCCCUAACUCCAGGUUUUGUUGACAUCUUCUCCAAGACCAAAGACCGGCUAGGAGCACACGCCUCUAAGAUCCUUAAAUUCUUACACAGGAAUCGUAUUCCCAGCAGUGCCAUCCCGUUCCCUAUUUUAGAGGGCUACAACAGCAUCUGCACCAUGAGGUCCAGUGUGGUUCAGGACUACUUGGAAUUCCUCUUGCAGAAGGAGAAAGAUUUAGAUAUCCAGUACAGAGCAGAGCUGGACCGUGAUCCGGAGGUGAACAAGGUCAAAGUGGUCACACAGUGCUACAGCUCAAUAGAAGCUUCGUCGAAUGCUGCAGAGAUUUCCAAGAUGACAAACGGGGAAACGUCGUCUUUCUGGCAGUCGGACGGCAGCGCGCGCUCACACUGGAUUAGGUUGAAAAUGAAACCAGAUGUAGUUUUGAGACGUCUGGCCAUUGCUGUGGCUUCUAACGACCACAGCUACAUGCCUCAGCUGGUCUCGGUCGCCGUCGGGAAAAACCGGCGUUUUCUGCAGGAGAUCAGAGAUAUCCGCAUCCCCAGCAACGUCACAGGCUACGUAGCUCUUCUGGAGAAUGCCAACAUCACACACCCAUACAUCCAAAUCAACAUUAAGCGGUGCCUGAGUGACGGAUGUGACACUCGGAUUCACGGCUUGAAGACGCUUGGUUACCAGAUUACCAAGAGUAAAGAGGUGUCUGUUUCGGAUGCUUCGGCCAUCUGGUACCUGUCUCUCCUCACCUCUUUGGUCACUGCAUCCAUGGAGACCAACCCUGCACUCGCUCACACUGUCCUUCAGAGCACACAAAAAGCCUUACGGCACAUGCCGCCGUUGUCCCUGACGCCGUCGUCCACAGAGUUCCCCAAGUUCUUCUCUCUGAACGUCCUGGAGGAGGUGGAUGGAUUUCUCCUCAGGAUAGCAGACUGCUGUGUGAGUCCUGACGCAGAACUGACCCUCCUGGCCUUUGCUCUGGCUCGAGGCAGUGUUGCAAAGGUUCUCCAGGCCCUGUCCUGCAUCAGCGAUCAUUUUGAGGCCGAGUACAAGGCCUCCUCCCUCAUCGUGUCUAUGGCCUCCGUUAGGCUGCGACUGCUUAAUCGCAACGGGAAGCCUCUCCAGUUGCACCUACAGGCCUGUGAUGUGAAGAGUAAAGAAGAGAAGUCAGGACCAGAGAACAUGCUCACAGAAUCCUCCACUGGAGACGGUUUUCUUACAGAAAGUGGCAAGAAGAAAGCCACUGUGAUCCUGUCGACGGAGGACCAGAGUAACUUCCAGGUCACCCAGAUGAGGGUCAAAGUGCGAAAAGGAGCCAUUGGAGCAAAAUGCGGCUUGGUGUUUGCGUACAAGGAGGAAGGUCCUUUUGAUGCAGAGAAACAUUUCAAGAGGUUCAAGAAGUACGACUCGUGGGACCACAAGGACUACAAAGAGUUUGUACAAGACAAUGUGAAGAUUCCAGCACAGGCAGAGGACGAGCCAAUUGGCUGGUUUGAGCUUGAGAAUGACUGGAACGACGUGGAGAUCAAGCUGCAGCAGUGUCGCGUUGCAAAGUUUCUGAUGAUAAAGUUCAUCUGCACGAGGCAGGACUGGAUCGCUGAACGCCUCGGAGUGCAGUCCCUCAGCUUCAGUGGCUAUCUGUGCCCUGGAGCAGAGAGGCUUGCAGACCUGGAUGACCUCAGACCAGAGUCAGAGAGCUUUGACGGUGAUACUGUGUCUGGCCUUUGUCUACUUAACAAGACGCUAUUCUUCAUACAACAGCUCACACGAGAACUGGAUGCUUCUAACUUCAAGCAGAAGUAUCUUCUGGACUUCACUGGGCUCAACUUGAACCUCUUCUGGACCUUCUACAGUAAACUCAGGGAGAUUGAGCGAGAGGAGGUGUUGAAGAGCAGAGUUCUGCUGCUCCAGCUGAUGCAGAACUGCUUCCCCAUGCUGCCCAACCCACUGGAGCCCCAGGCCUCAGAGGAGAGCAAAGGGAAAGACGAGGCGGCCGGAGCAACGGCUUUACCGUCCACGUCCAGCAGUGCGGAGCCUCUCUCUGACUCUGCUCGGGCUGUGUGGGAACUCUACACUCACCUCUGCCACAUCGUGGAUGGUCCUGAGGGUGAGACAUCAGUGGAAAAGGCUUUGCACAAAGAAGCAGUCAAGGCUGUUCUUAAUGGAGCCACUGUUUUCUUCCCUGAUAAACAUGUCAGGCGGGACAAACUCUUCCACAUGAUGAAGAAUAUCACAGAAGAGGAUCAGCCAGAGUCGGUGAAGGUGACGUUUGAAUCGCUGUGCAACUACUUCAGUGACCAGGAUCCAAGUGGCCUUCUCCUGCUCCCACCUAAAGGAGCUCCUUCAGACUUUGACAUCAGCCCCAUACUGUCCGUCAUGGAGACGCUGCUGCUGGUGGCAACAAGAGAGUGCGAGGUUAUGAUGGUGGAUGGGAGUGGCGGAGCCAGCAGGACAGUGUUGCUGUCCUUGUUCUGGGCUCUGCAGGGUAGUCUGCUCUCCUGGUGCUACCUGCAGCUCAAAGGUGGAGCCUCCAGCAGCAUCGCUAUGGACUUGGCCAGAGACAUUCUCCUGAAAUAUGUGGAUCAGUUCCUGGGAAGCGUCAAAGCUACUCUUGGUUCCCUACUGGAGAGAUACACUGGUGGUGAAAUUACUGACAAACUAGGCAGCUCCAUCCUCUCAACAGUCUUCAGACAACUGAUGAUUUUGCUCCUGGAGCUGUGCUCUCUGGACAUCCCUCACAGCGUGCUGCUGAAGAGCUUCUCCUCUCUGGUCGAGCUACUCAAAAGCCUGUCGAGCGAUACCGGAGACAUCCUUUCUAAGGUGGAUCAGGAAAGCUGGCACCAGCCCCAGCAGCCAGUGGUGCUGAGGACCUGGACCGUGGAGUCUCCUCACAACUAUGAGAACAGCCGCCACGAGACCGCCAUCUAUGCCUGUCCUGGCGCUACCUCCUUUGAGGUGGAGUUUGACGAACGCUGUGAGACAGAGAAGAGGUACGACUACCUAGAAUUCACAGAUGCCAGAGGUGGGAAGGUCCGCUAUGAAAUGAAGGUUGGAACUGAGAAGUGGCCAAAGAAGGUGACAUUUGACGCUGGCCCUCAUCUCCAGUUCCUCUUCCACUCUGAUAACACUAAUAACGAGUGGGGUUACAAGUUCACUGUGACAGCCCUGGGCCUCCCAGAUAUCACUAUUUCUUGGGUGUCAGACCUUCAGCUGCUGGUGGCUCGCCUGAUGGGUCGUCUUGCUUCCAGAACCCUUGCCCUCAAAUCCCCUCACGAGAUACGCACUGUUAAGGAGCUUCCAGCAGGGAAAAUGUCCCAUGUUCAGUCUUCUCCUUUAUGGAAACCCAUUCUGCGACACGGCUUGUGUGAAACAAGGGAGACGAAUCAGACUAAAACACCCACAGAUCAGGCAAAUACAUGGACUCUUGAUGAGUUAAUGAGUUUCCUGGAGGACUUUGCCCGUUGGAAUCCCUCCCAGGAUCCGACAGACAGCAGAACGGAGCUGAUGAGGACUCUCAUGCAGACAUGCAAAAAACAGCCGAUGAGGAACGAGAUCGCCGCCGGGUCAAAGACAGACCAAGCUGUGAAUGCUAUUUGGGCAGCCAUGGUAUACCACACACCAGCCCUCAGCCAUGCCCUGAGGACUUACGUUAAUCAGGACUGCAAGUCGUGUCUAAGUGAAGACUUUGUGCAGGUGUAUUCACUGGCAGACAGCAUCAGAACAUGGAUGUUGGAGAUGAAGCAGAGGUUCCUAGUUGGCAAAAUGAACGUCCCUGACGAGAAGGAAGGGGGUCAUGAUGAGGUUACCAUGGAGACUCUAGCUGAUACGUGCAUCGAGAAGAGCCUCUUGCUCUUCAGAUUUAUCCCAUGUGGGGUACCAUGUCAGGACAGUGACUCUUCCAAAGCUGCAGAGGGCAGCAGCGCUCCACUCCCCCGCUCACGUUCGAUUUCGGAGGGAGACUUCCAAGCCAGUUCCCCUCUGCCGCCUCAGCCUCCAGGGAUUGAGGAGGGAGGUGACGCCAGGACAGGACAGAGUCAAACCUCUGGUGCUCAAGCACAAACCUCAGCCACUUGUGGGCACAAGCCAGGCCACAGAGGAUCCACAGAGAGUCUCUCCUCUCAGUCCGGGGAACCGGCUUCACCUUCUGCCUUCCCCCGUAAAGCCCCAUUCAGUCGGGCACGCCUACGCCUCCUGUCCUGUCGAUCUAUAGAGGAGCCCCGCAUGACCCCCUCUGUCAAGGAUCGCUACCCAAUGCUCAAACACAUCCUGAACUUUAUGAGGGACCAGGCUCUUACAACAGCAAGCAUUCUGCAGACUCUGUCCCUGAGCAAAGCCCAGGCUCUGAGUGUGUGCAAAGUCCUGGAGAUGGUUCAACAGUGCUUAAAUUCUCUGGGAAAGCCACAUCUGUUCCAAGCCCCGUGCAUCCUGUUCCUACAGGAGCUGCUGACAUGCCAGAAAGACUUCACCAGUUAUUUCUCUCAGUUGUCAGACAAUGGCCAGAAGCUCGGAGAGGAGGUGAGGUCUUCCUACCAUCAGUUGGUGCUCAUGCUCGUGGGAGCAGUACAAGGCUUCAGCAACCUCAAUGAGAAAGCCCUGCUACCGGCCCUGUCAUGUGUGCAGACCUGCCUGUUGCACCUUUUAGACAUGAGCUGGGAGGUGCACGACCUUUCUCUCUUCCUGAAUAUCAAGCUUCCUGACCUCCUGCUCAGCAUGGCCCAGGAGAACAUCAGCGUACAUGACAUUGCCAUCAGUCAAUGGACGGAGGAGGAUGAAAUUGCAGACUACAAGAAGAACCAGGAGUGGAUGGACGAGUGUAUGGACGGGAUGUUCGAGAAGUGGUAUGACAAAAUCGAUGAAGAGAACUCCAUGGAGGACAGGAGAAAGAUGCACAUGUUCAUCGCGCGCUAUUGUGACCUCCUCAAUGUUGUGAUCUCCUGCGAUGGCUGUGAGAGGAUGGCACCUUGGCACCGCUACAGAUGUUUGCAGUGCAUGGACAUGGACCUCUGCAAGACCUGCUUCCUCAGUGGUGCAAAGCCUGAGGGCCACGAGGACGACCAUGAGAUGGUGAACAUGGAAUACGCCUGCGACCACUGCCAAGGGCUCAUUGUAGGCAGCAGAAUCAACUGCAACGUCUGUGAAGACUUUGAUUUGUGCUUCGGUUGUUACCACGCAAAGAAGUAUCCCGACAGCCACCUGCCCACCCAUCGGAUCACAGUGUACCCCAUGGUGACCAUACGAAUCAGUGACCGCCACCGCUUGAUUCAGCCCUACAUCCACAACUACUCCUGGCUACUGUUCGCCGCUCUGGCGCUCUAUACGUCAGAGCUGAGCAGUGAAAAGCGGAUGGAAGGAGAGGCUUUAGACGGCAACAACUUGAGCCAGGCCUCAGCCCUGCAGACAUGCUGCUCCCAGCUCAUCACUGACUGCUUGCUCAAAGGGCAAACUGGCAAAGGACUACGCUCCUCAGCUCUGCUCGCUCUGCUGUCGUCCAAUGAAUCAGCCUCUGAUAGCGAGCUGUGUCCAGUCUCUCCAGAGUCCUCUCCGGAGCUCAGCACAGCCACUGAUACCUCAUCUCUUCCUGGAAGCACUGCAGCAAUCUGCUCGCCGUCCUCUCCCAAGGACAAGAAUAAACCAUCAGAAAAGGAGAAAAAGGCAAAGGAGGUGGGCCCUCCUCUCCCCGCUCCUUCAGAGGUGUGCUCCCCCGGCACUGGAGAUGGAGAGAAAAGGAAACUGGUUACCCAAGACACCCUGGAAUCGCCCUGCCUCAGCCAGACGCUUUCUGUGUCCAGUGAGGACCCCCUUUCUCCUGUAGUCCGACCUACAGAGUCUGGACCAGGAGCUGUCACCUCUCCAGCAUCUGAAGUUGUCAAGGAGACCGAUGAGCGGCUGCCCCCAGUUCCCCUUCAGGAGCAUGUGUUUUCGGAGUGCUCCAGAGAGAGGAUCCUGGGGCUGCUAGCAGCCAUGCUGCCACCAGCCAAACCAGACAGCACCCUGUCUCUGCCCAGUCUGAACUCCAUCCUGCCCCAGCUUUUCAGGGCAGUCAUUUCCAACGCCGGCUCUCUCAACGAGGCCUUCCAUCUUACCCUGGGACUGCUGGGUCAACUGCUGCUCCGAAUCUCUCCUAUGGAGGCUGACACGGCUGUCACAGAGGCCCUGGCUGACAAAUAUGAGCUGCUAACACAAGGAGAGGCAGCCACCUCAGACACCCAGGGCUGGAAGACCACCCAGCUGCUUUUCAGCCUGGGGGCUGUCUGUCUAGACAGUCGUAUUGGUCUGGAUUGGGCGUGCACAGUGGCAGAUAUCUUACACAGUCUGAACGCUUGUCCUGAGUGGAGCACAGUCAUCGCUGCCUUCACCGACCAUUGUAUUCAGCAGCUGCCACAAACUCUCAAGUGCACCAACCUCUUCACCCUGCUGGUACUGGUGGGCUUCCCCGAGGUGCUGUGUGUGGGCACCCAGACGGUGUUUAUCGACAACGCCAAUGAACAGCACAACAUGAUCUUGCUCAAGCACUUCACAGAAAAGAACCAUGCUGCGGUGGUGGAUGUUAAGACACGCAAGAGGAAAACAGUGAAGGACUACCAACUCAUCCAGUCUCAGGAUUCCACUACAGCCGGCCUCCCAGAACAGUCAAAGGGCCAGGGCUCUUCAAAGGCCCUGCUUAGCCGCUACUUGAGCAAUUUCACCUUUAUCAUCAGCCACCUGCUGCAGACCAACCAGGACAAUGGCUCACCUGAUGCUGUGGAGGCAUCCUGGGUUCUCUCCUUGGCUCUUAAAGGCCUGUACAAUACACUGAAGAAACACGGAGUAGAACAAGCUCAGGAGGACAUCCAACAGUCGGGACUGACCCAGCUGCUGGUGAGGAAGUGCAGCAAGGGCACAGGCUUCAGCAAGCUGUGGUUGCUGCGAGAUCUCGAGAUUCUCUCCAUCAUGCUCUACUCCUCCAAGAGAGAGAUCCAUUCCAUGGCCCAGGACCCAGAGCGUGACCAAAGAGAGCAGGAGAAGGAGCACGACUCCGACCACUCCAGCUCUUGCGCCGACGACACGGACGUCAACAAAUCCGACCCCUUAGAGGGUCUCGAUGAGGAGACAAAGAUUUGCUUCCAGAUCACCCACGAUGCCUUAAACGCCCCUCUGCCCAUCCUGCGAGCCAUGUAUGAGUUGCAGAUGAAGAGAACUGACUCCUUCUUCCUGGAGGUGCAGAAGAGAUUCGAUGGAGAAGAGAUAAAAACAGAUGAGACAAUCCGUACGCUGGCUCAGAAGUGGCAACCUACCAGGCGGCCUCGCUCUGAAGAGAGGAACACCAAGGCCGUGGACACUGAUAUGAUUGUGGUGUCGUGCAUGUCCAAACCCAGCCACUGUGAAAAGGCCACCGAGGAGAUCAACCUAGUGGCCCAGAAGCUCAUCACAAAGUCAGAGAGCGACAUACAGCUCAGCUACGCCAAACAGAGACGCACCAAAAGUUCAGCUCUCUUGCACAAGGAACUGGAUGUGCGCAGCAAUCGGGCAGUUCGUCAGUACCUGGUGAAGGUCAACCAGGCCAUCGCCACUCUGUACGCCCGCCACGUGCUGGCCUCGCUGCUGGCCGACUGGCCCGCAGAAAAAGCGCUGAGCGAGGAGGCGCUGGAACUGAGCGGUGCCUCGCACAUGGCCUACAUCCUGGACAUGUUAAUGCAGCUGGAGGAGAAGCCGUUUUGGGAGAAGAUUCUCCAGAGGGUGCUGAAGGGUUGCAGCCAGAGCAUGCUGUGCAGUCUGUCUCUCACUGCUUGCCAGUUCAUGGAGGAGCCAGGCACGGCUGUGCAGGUCAGAGAGUCCAAACACCCGUAUGACAACAACACCAACUUUGAGGACAAGGUGCACAUUCCAGGGGCCAUCUACCUGUCAGUAAAAUUUGACUCCCGCUGCUACACAGAGGAAGGCUGCGAUGAGCUCAUCAUAUCCAGCAGCAGUGACUUCCUCCAGGACGUCCACAACUUCAGCGGCUCUCCUCAGAAAUGGUCCGAUUUGGAGAUUCCUGGUGAUACCCUGUACUACAAAUUUAUGUCUGACAUGAGCAACACAGAGUGGGGCUACAAGUUCACCGUUACAGGAGGCCACAGAGGACGCUUCCAGACAGGUUUUGAGAUACUGAAGCAAAUGUUAGCAGAUGACCAAGUGCUCAGUCACUUGCCUCUGGCUGACAUCUGGGAGUGGCAGGUGGGCGUGGCCUGUCGUCAGACCGGAAGUCAGCGGCUCAAAGCCAUUCACUUGUUGCUGCGGCUGCUGCAGUGUCAGUCCCAGACAGCCUGUGAGCUGACUCUGCUGCGACCCCUGUGGCAGCUCUUUAUGUCUAUGGAAAACAGCCUGAGCCAGGAUCCCACCAGUAUCACUGUGCUGCUGCCUCUUCACAGAGCCCUCACUGAACUUUUCUUCAUCGCAGAAGCCCGUGCCAUUGCACAGGGCAUCCUCCAGGAGUACUUGUUAGCCAUGACCACUGAUGAGCAGCUCCUCAAUCACACUGCAAUGGCUCUGAAGAACAUCGCUGCCAUCAGCCUGGCCAUCAAUUACCCCAAUAAAUCUACAAAGCUACUCAACAUGUCCCCGUGAGAGAUCCGCAGAGAGAAAAAGAGGAGAACAAAAAAAAAAGGGGGGGACACACAUCCUGACUCAGCUGGUUCAGUUUUGAACCGGGAGCGGAGAGGUAAGGGAGGUGAAACCUCCCCGACCAUCCAGUGCUUUCCCUUCACUCCACUAACUCUGCUGUACUCUGGACAUGAGCCGUGGAGGUGUACUCAAAAAGCACUUUUCACACUUACUCACAAUCCUUUUUGCCUUAGAUGAAUCCAGUAUAUCAGCAUGUGCAUUCACUUGAACAGGAACAAUUGCGGGGAUAUAUAUUUGUUUUUUUGUUUUUUUGUUUUGUUUUUUUAAUUAUUAUUAAGUUUUUACUUGAAGAUGCCGUGCUAAAGGACAUGAAGUGUGCCAAAUUCACAACUUUCAAGGGGAAGUAUAUUUCCUUUUUGUCCUGCCUUUCUUUCUCCUAAACAGCAGCCACUCUGGGUUACAUAGUUGAUCACGGAGAAAACAGGUCACCUUGGCGACUUGCAUGUCUCAGUGGACAUGUAGAGCAUCCUAAAAAUACUGUCCAGGACAGCGGAGUCUCAUUAGUCACCAUGGGGAGAAAGUACUGACCUACUAGCUCAUUCCUCUCCUUGCUUCCUUCCAUCCCUCCUCCUUUCAUUUUAUCUACCCUUCCUUCACAUUCUCCCUUCCCUUUUCAGACAACAGAAGUAGGAUCAGUGUCAUCAUAUAGCGUAUUAAGACCCACAUGAGAACUGAUUGCAGUUUGACUGUUCCAAACAGGAUUAAGAUGAUACUAACAAUAGCCAUAGUCUUUGCAUAGGAUGAGAAUUAACAUGACAGCCGAGGGAAAACUGUGAUACUUACACUAUUGCAAUGCAUUCCUCCGUGUUAUUCUAUCAGUAUGUCGAAGUAUUUUCACUCCCUUACUAGUGAAUGAAUGAGCGGCGGUGAUGAUGUCAAAUGAUUCAUUAAAAUGAAUAACAGCAAAACAAAAAAACAAAAAAAAACUCUUAAACGCCUUCAGUUUUAUCCAACGAUUUAUUUAUUAUAUAUUAUUAUUUUAAUGUAUAAUUAAGUUCAACACUUCAUGAGGGUCGCGAUUUGAUUUCACAGCCGAGUGUAUCACACUGUCACGUCUCCAUACCUCGUGUACAGCGAUGAAUGCAAGAAUACUGGUUGUCAUUUCACAAAUAUCUAUAACAGAGCGAAUUCCCACUAACACACAGACGGGCCCGCGCGUCCUUCAGAUUUAAUCGACUGUAAAAUAGACACAUUAUCCCACUUAUUCACUAGUAACACGAGAAAAAGUUUAAUCCUUUAAUACUGAAUUACCUCAUCUUUUUUGUAAUUACACAGAUAAUCGGUGUGACGCUUCCUUUAAAAUGUUUGUGACUUUCAAUCACAUCACAUCACGUUUCAUUAAAGCCACAUCCACAGAGUUCAUGUACGCCCAUGCUUAAAGACGGCAUCCAGUUUUGUGUGUUGACAAAUCCUAAAGAAGAAGUUUAAAGAGAAUGAGUAGAUGGCUUUUUGGUUUUCCAAUCAUUACUGUAAUCAUUUUAGAUGAAGGAGAUUGUUUUAGUUGGAGGAAGUCAUGGUGGUUUAUACCAAAGAAACCAAUCAUUGUGAGCCAUGUAACAUUUCUGAUAGAGUUCCUUCUCCGUUUCUCACAUAUCAGAUAGCCACCCUGUGCAAAGCUGGAGCUGAGGAAACCAUUAGACAUAAUUUCCUUUUUUUUUUUUCUUUGUUUGUUUCUUACUUUUUUAUUUUUGAAGCGGUCCCUACGAGGACCGCGGGAUAGCUCGGUGGUUUUGUUUACACAGACAUCAGCUGCAGUGAGGAGAGAGGAGAGAGAUACAUGGCCUCCAUUUGGCUUCUACGACGCCUCACCUAUCUACGACGUGCCUAUGGUUAAAAAUGAAGCAAUCAUAAUUUAACUCAUGUUAGCGAAUAGUUAUUAAUUAUAUUUUAAAAGAGAAAUAUAUUGUUUAAUUUGAAGUUUUUUGUAACUUUUUACUUUUAAUGUUGGUUUCUUUUUUUUUUUCUUUUUUUUUUGCGAGGAUGCUUGAUAUUUGAGGCUGACUAAUUUGAAUGUACAUACCUGUGAAUAUUAAUGCAGAGGAGAAAGACUUUGAUAUCAACCCCUUACAAAUAUAUAAACUUUAUUGGGCACUAACAGAUGGACACUUUGAUUCUGAUUUUGUAUGCAUGGCACAUUGAAGGUUAAAAGGAAAAAGAAUAUUGCUUGGGUUGAAAUGUGAUCUAUUUCUAAUAAAAAUAGAAAUGACUUAAA